AUGAAGAUUUUUAGCAUCAUAACUAUUUUCAUUUUUGCUAUUUCCAUAAAAUUGGACGAGGCGAAAAAUGGCGAAGUAAUCUUAUCUCGUCGUAAAAGAUUUGUUGCUUUUCCAGAAGGUUCCACGAUCAUUUUUGCUCUGUGUAAUACGGCUGCUCUGAUUGCCCCAUUUCAAAUAUUUACAGAAGGUGUAAAUUGGGGUAUUUCCUAUGACUUACCUAAUGGAACAAUACUUUUAGAUACAAAAAAAUACAUUAAUCGACGAAGACAAAGAAGAGAACUGUACAAUAGUAUAGAGACUGUUAUAGAAUCGAUGGGUUUUGAAGGAAAAAAUUGUAUGUAUAGAGCCUUAUGUGAAGCCCCCAGAAUUUUAACCAGAAAUUCUCUUUAUGAAAAUUUGCUUCAUAUAUUUUUCAAGUUUCCGCAAGAGCCCAUUUCCGACUAUGAACCGGAGGAUCAUCGCCUCUACCAUUGGGCGUAUCGUCAGGGUAUGGAAAAUAAGCAACAGGACUGCGCCACCCUGUUCCCGACGUGUUCAAUCUCCUUGAUUGAUCUCGCACUGGGAUAUUACAACGAUUAUCGGGAGGAACAAGAUUAUAAAACAUUUACUAAUCUUCAAUUAAUUUUUAUAUGCGUUGUUAGUAAUAUUUUAUGUGCAUCUAAUAAAAUCCUCUCGAGAAAAAGACGCUAUCUUACGUUUCCUGAGGGAUCCAGCUUAUCAGUGGCUAUAUGUAUGACAGCACAAAUGGGAAUAACACCUGGUGAAAUAUUUACUGAAGGAGUAAAUUGGGGUAUAUCUUAUGAACUGCCGAACGAUACUAAAUCAUUUAAAGAUUUUAAAAAACCAUUAGCUGUAAUGAGACGAAGGAACAGGCGAGAUUUAUAUGGGAAAAUGGAAACUAUCAUAAAUUCAAUGGGAUACAAUGGCAGAAGUUGCAUACUACGAGCAGUGUGUGAAACAAAAAACAAGUUGAAGCCUAAAGGAGAAACUCUUCUCGAAGAAAUUUUAAAUAUUGUUUUUCGGUUUCCACAACAGAAAUUGUCAGCUUCGGAGCCUGAAGAACACAAAAUAUAUCAACAAGCCACUCGAAUAGGGGAAAAUGGAAACCAAGAAGAUUGUGAAAGGGAAUUUGCCGAUUGUCCCUUUUCUUUAAUUGAUAUGGCUUUAGGUUAUUAUUCUGCAGAGGGUUAUGCUUAA